AUGGAACAGGAAUUCGAGGAAGACGAAAUCAUAGAUUGGACAAAAGAAGCAAAUGGUGUUAUCCAGGACAUUAUUCGUCACGUACAAGUGGCUCAAAUUUCACAUAGGUGGAAACCGACAGACUCGGAGGCAUAUAUGAAUUUUACCACCUUGGAGGGCAAGCAAGUGUGUGUUAAACUAAACGCAGAGGGUCUUCAAAUUGUAGGAGAUCAGCAUGACCGUAUCGAUCAAGAAAGCCCAGACAACAUGAAGUAUGAAACGCCCUAUUCUCUGCUUUCGUCCAUUAGUCCAGCAUAUACAGAUUCGUUUGGAAGUUGUCUAGCAGCUGAACUCAGUAAACAUUUGCAGGAUAGAUUAAUCGGAAAUGGUGAUCAGGAUGAUAAUGAAAACCUCAGCGGUGCUGACUAA